AUGGCGCUUCUGUGCCUUUAUUUGUGUUUGACAGUGCUUUUCUUCAGCAUUUUUUUUUCUUCACAGCUCCCUCAGAUAUGUCGACUUCUCCGUAGGACUGCUGAUUUGCCUGUGCUAGUUAGUGAAGGAGACAUCAUGAUUGGUGCCCUCUUUUCUCUACAUGACACGAUCUUGGAAUCUCCACCAUCUUUUACCACAGAACCACAUCCUACCCAGUGUUCAGGGUUUAAUUUCCGCACCUUUAGAUGGAUGCAGACAAUGAUUUUUGCCAUUGAGGAGAUCAACAGAGAUAAGCGACUCCUGGGUAAUUUAACUCUUGGUUAUAAGAUUUAUGAUUCGUGCAGUACCCAUUUCCAUGCCCUCCGCACAGCCUUGGCCCUGAUGAAUGGAAAUGAAGAAUUAGCAGGAAUUUCAGAGUGCAGAGGCGGGGUGCCUGUUGUCAUUGGUGAUGGAGGAUCCACAUUAUCCAUAGUAGUUGCACAGUUUCUGGGUGUUUUCCAUGUUCCACAGAUAAGCUAUUUCUCCAGCUGUGCAUGUCUUAGUAAUAAAUUAGAGUUUCCUGCAUUUUUAAGGACUAUGCCUAGUGACUUUUUCCAAGUGGAUGCUCUUGUGCAAUUGGUGCAACACUUCGGAUGGAGCUGGAUUGGCACAUUUGCAGGGGAUGAUGCUUAUGGUCGUGGUGGUGCUCAGAUUUUUAAUGAGAAAGUGACAAAAUUGGGUGCAUGUAUUGCUUUUUAUGAAAUUAUCCCAAAAAACCAUCAACAAACAGAGAUGUCCCGGAUUGUAAAGAGAAUUCAUGAAUCAGGAUCUCAUGUAGUGUUGGUCUUUGCUCUAGAGCAAGAUGCAAGAGCUCUCUUUUGGGAAGCACGUCACCACAACCUGACAGGAAUUCAGUGGUUAGCUAGUGAGGCCUGGAUCACAGCAGCAAUUCUCUCCACUCCUGAAUUCCACUCUGUUCUACAAGGCUCUUUGGGCUAUGCCAUCCGCAGAGCUGAUAUACCUGGCCUUCAGCCUUUCCUGCUACGCCUACAUCCAUCCAAAUACCCACAGGAUCCAUUUGUUGAGCAGUUUUGGGAGGAGAUGUUUAAGUGCUCUUUAGGCACAAUCAACAUGAGCUCUUCUAUUAGACCCUCCUGUGAUGGCUCAGAGGUACUGGUUAACAUAAAUAACAUCUACUCAGAUGUAUCUCAGCUCAGAAUCUCCUAUAAUGUUUAUAAGGCAGUGUAUGCCAUUGCACAUGCUCUGGAUUUAAUGCUGCGCUGUGAACCAGGUAAAGGACCUUUUGCUGGGGGACUGUGCCCAAAUUUCAGCAGUAUGCAGCCAUGGCAGCUGCUUGAUUAUUUAAAGCAUGUUCACUUUACUAAUGACUUUGGCGAGGACACUAAGUUUGAUAUCAAUGGAGAUCCUGUGGCCAUGUAUGAUCUUAUCAACUGGCAGCUCAGUGGCAAACGAGAGGUGCAGUAUGCCACUGUGGGGAGAUAUGAUGAAACAAUGAAGCCUAAACUAGUGAUUGAAGAGAAAAACAUAAUCUGGAGUGAAACCCAGAAACAAGUCCCUUUGUCUGUCUGCAGCACAAGCUGUCCUCCAGGCACUAGACAGGCUACCAGGCCAAACUUUCCUAUCUGCUGUUUUGACUGCAUUGUCUGUGCAGCUGGUGAAAUUACCAACCAUACAGAUGCCUUAGAGUGUGUUAAAUGCUCUCCUGAGUUCUGGUCCAACACUAGAAGAGACACCUGCAUCCCAAAGGUGGUGGAGUUCCUUUCCUACAACGAUACCAUGGGCAUCACUUUGCUUGCUGUAGCUUUGCUGGGAUCCUGUUUUACACUUGCAGUUACUCUAAUUUUUGCCCUUAAACGGCACACACCUCUAGUCAGAGCUAACAACUCUGAAAUCAGCUUCCUUAUUCUUAGCUCACUGUUGCUUUGUUUUUUGUGCGCACUAGCUUUUAUUGGGAGGCCUACAACCUGGUCUUGUGGGCUUCGCCACACUGCAUUUGGCAUUGCAUUUUCACUCUGUCUGUCUUGCGUCCUGGGAAAAACUUUGGUUGUACUCAUGGCUUUCAAAGCCUCUUUACCUGGCAGUAAUGUAAUGAAAUGGUUUGGCCCUCUGCAGCAACGUGGCAUUAUUUUUAUGUGCACGGCUGUGCAAGUGGUGAUUUGCUGCACAUGGCUCAGUGUGGCACCUCCCAUACCACAUAAGCUUAUGACUCAUGAAACUGCCCGGAUUAUUCUUUUGUGUGAUGUAGGCUCUUCAUUUGCAUUCUCUCUGGUACUGGGCUAUAUUGGUCUACUUGCAGCUGUCUGCUUCUUGCUGGCCUUCUUUGCUCGAAAGCUCCCAGAUAAUUUCAAUGAGGCAAAAUUCAUUACUUUCAGCAUGCUGAUCUUCUGUGCUGUGUGGGUUGCAUUUGUGCCAGCAUAUAUCAGCUCACCUGGGAAAUACACAGUGGCUGUGGAGAUUUUUGCUAUUCUGGCAUCCAGUUAUGGCCUGCUGUUGUGUAUCUUUACUCCAAAGUGUUACAUAAUCCUGCUUAAACCUGAAAAAAACACAAAGAGAUAUGUAAUGUCCAAAUCUAACUCUUGA